UGAAGCGGUCACUGCUCUCUGUUUUCCUUCUAGAAGUUAGAAAAACAAUAUUUCAGAGCACUCUCCCUGUAUUCUCGGCAUUUUACUUAACCUGCGGCGGUGCCUCAGGAUCUCGCGGAGUGGAAAACUUCCCUGGACUUAGAGAAAAGCAAGCCGAGAGGAGGCAAGGGGGGAGGAUUUUGCUGGAAACCUCUUUGGGAAGCUGGAGACCUUCUCGGGAUGCCUGCCUUAUUUUCCUCUAGCAGCUAUUCAGAUCUUCCCGGGCGAAGGCAGCUCUCUGCCACGACACGUCUGCAUUAAGCAGGUCCGUGCGGCGGGCCAGGCGCUCCGAGGGACGCGGAGAGCAGCGAUGCCGUAAGGAGCAGCCCGGGAGCGCUUCUGGCUCUGCCCGUGUCCGUGAGGUCGCCGCAGGGCUGGGGGAUGCGGCACUCUGCUCUUACUAUGCCCUUCUGCCGUCUAGCGCUGGAGUUGGCUGUCAGAGAAACCUUCGAGGUCCCCUGCUCAGCCCCGGUAGUGUCAUGAGUUAGAUUAGUUGGAGCUGUGCUGGGGGCGGUGAGGGCUUGGAUUACAGUCCAGAACUCAAAGUGCUUCGGUGGUUCACGUCGGAGGGGAGAGGAGACGCCCCGUCGCACACAUGGAGGAAAAAGAGAAAAACCGCUGUUUUUGGAAGUGAGGGGGAAUAAAGGAGGCCGGGAACAUGGACUCAGAAUCACUGGACGGCUGCAUUCAGAGUACGUUAUCAGCACUCUACCCUCCAUUUGAGGCUACUGCAGCCACUGUUCUGUGCCAAGUUUUUGAUGUGGUGGAGAAGACGUACCGUGGGGAUGGACUGCACUACCUCAUAGACUUCCUGAUUCCAGCCAAGCACAUCCUGCAGUGCAUUCAGCAGGAUGCCUGUGCCCCGUACUGCGGAUUGCUGUUUCGCCAUGCGGGCUGGCCCCUGUGUAUUCAAGAGAAGAUUAUAAUCCAGCUGGCUUCCAUUGACUGGCAAAUCUUGAAGCCUGGUGACUUCUACCUGCAGGUGGUCCCCUCUCUGAAGAAGCCUCCACGAAUUGUAGUGAAAUGUUUGGGAAAAGAUAAGCAUAAUGUAGAAGAAGUGGUGAUUCCAGAAGUUUCAUAUACCUCUAUUUUUACUCUGGAAUGGUUGAGUACAUUCAAUGGAGAGCGGAUGGGCAUAGCACUGGAAAAUUGUUUACUAACCACUGAUGACAAAAUAUUUCGUGUCCCCUGGGAUAAAGUGGUUAAUCCUGAAUUUAUAAAUAAACCAAAAAUAAUUGAAAACAAUAUCAUCUCUCCAGAAAUAACAGAGAAACGUUCCAUUUUGUGCCUCCCCACGGACCGUACUGAGUGCAGUUCACCAGACCUGAGGUCUCAGUACCUACAGGAACUAAGCCCAAAUCAAGACAACCCUGUCAUUAGCAGCACAGCUCCACAGUUAAAGGAAGCUCUGGUCAAUGGUGUCUGUACAAGUCCUGUGACUCAAGAGGACUUGACGAGUGACCUUGAAGGGGAGUACGUUGAGCUGGCAGAAGUUUCACUGCCCAGGUUUGGGCCACAAACAGGAUCUUUAACCCAGUCGCUGGCAUUAAGUUAUCUUACUCAGCCCAGGGCACGAGUGAAUGAGUCUAAAGGCAAGCACAGGUUUAUUGUCAUACAAGGCAGCACCUACUCCAAGAACUUAAUUCAGUCAGCACUUAUGCAGAAGGAGCACUGUCAAAUGGACACUCUGAGCACUUCUACAGAAGUUCUCAAAAAUGCUACUCCAUCGGAAGGCAACAAAGUGAUGGCACAUGGAGAACUGUCUCCAGAAGGUCAGCUGCUGCCAGUUGAUCCUGGAAGUAUGGGUGAUAACAUUCCUGUGGCCGAGCCUCCUGCUUGCUGUGUAGAAGAUUUAUCUGCAGAGCAGGAGACUCACAGUGAGCACUCACUGGAUUGGCAGUACGCACUGUGCAGCUACAGUGAUGUGUGUGCUGGAGAUGCUGUCUGCUGCAAAGCACAAGUGCCUGGUGCCCCUAGAAACAUGGAGGGAGAAAGUGAUGGACCUAGUGGAAAUGCUGGUGUUGAAACAUCAGAGCAGGGCCCAGAAGUGAUUCUAGAUGCUACUGCUGCUAAAGAGGAAAUGAUGCUGGGAGUACACACAGAACCACUGACUGAGGGUCACAAGGAGGUGACACUGAUGGAUGCUUCUGUAUCUGUCCUAGGGCCUUUGGGACCAUGUUGCACACUAAAGGAAGGUUCUGAUGUCCCUUGCCAGGGUGGCAGUGUAAGUGUUGAGCCAGUGCAGGUCACUACAUUGACUGAGAAUUUGGAUGUGCGUGGGGAGAGAGGCUCUCCUUCAGGGAACAUGGCAGAUGUAAGUGCUUGCUGCAGCAAUAAUGAAGCAAAUACUAGUUCUCCAUUAAAUCCUCCAGAAGAGAACCAAGGAGAUGUAGAUGAAUUUGAGGAGGGAAGAAGGAGCAGCCAAGAGGAAGUGGAAGAGUCUAAAGAAAUGUUGACAGUAAAUGAAAAUCAGACUAGUCACAGUCACUGUUCUGUAAAAGCUCCAGCAGAUGGAACCUUGUCAGAUGGUGAAGAGCAAGAGCAUAAAAAGGCUGAAGAAGCCGUACUACUCCAAACUGCCCUAUCAGCAGAGGGGAAUCAGAUGGCAGAACAAUUAAAUAACAGUGACUUGUUGGCUCCUGAUGCACAAGAAGAUGCAAAUUUGUUCAAAACCCAGAGGUCUGAAGGAAAGUUUGAGGAACCACAAAGGCUGGUGGAAAACCAUGGCUGUGAAAGUGAAGAGAACUCUGUGCUGAACCUGGAGGGACAGGUGGAGAACCAGGAAAGUUCUUCUUACAGGGAAAGGUUGAAGACCACAGCCUCAAAAACACUGGAAUCCAUUGAAGAGGAAUUGGAGGGUGGACCACUGUCCUCAGGACCUGCUGAGGAACAUACAGAGCCUACCACUCUGCACUCCCAGCCAGAGGCAACUUCUGGGGCAUCAGCUGCUAAAGGGGUGAUGUCAGAAGAAACAGAGAUGAGAAAAGAGGCAACUGGCACAGGUGUGUUGAAAGCAGUGAGUAAAAGCAGUGCCCUGGAGGAAACUUCACCACCUGUUACUCCACCGACAUCCCCAACUUCUGGAACUGCCUGGGGUGGUCAGUUUGCACCUACCAUAGUCAAGGAUGUGAACCCAGAAGUGCUCAGGAGUGGAGUUGCCUACCUGCCUGGUACAAGAGACAAAUCAGGACGUGCAGUGGCCAUAAUAACGACGAGGAACACGGCCUGGUUAAACCCCCACUGCAAUACCACUGAGCUUGUACGCCUGCUCCUGUACCUGCAUAGCAUCCCAAGACCAGAAUGUCAGGCUUUGGGUCUCACUGUUCUUGUGGAUGCUCGUCGCUGUUCACCCGUUCCUGCUCUCUUCAAGGCAUUCAGCACAUUGCAGGACAUGGAGCCUCACUGUAUUCAUGGAGUACUGCUUCUAGUUGAAAGAGAUCUGACUUUUCGGAUGGAGAAGCCACCAGCAGGACAGUUUGAACUUCUCACCUCCAUGAAAUCCCUCCAUAAGCACAUAGACAGCUCACAGCUGCCUCUAGAGCUGGAUGGGACCUUCCCAUACUGCCACCAGGACUGGCUAAGCUUCCGCAGGAAACUGGAAUACUUACUACAACGAUGCCAUGGUGUUUGUGCCUUCCUCCAGGGAGCUAUUAAUAAAGUGGAAUCUGCAAAAUUACCAGAAAAGGCUGAGGAUGCAGCUGUGCUGCUGAGGAAUUCAAGGCAGUUGAUGAAAAAUGUUCUUGAAGAUGCAAGUUUGGUCAAGGUGCAGCAGGAGGGUGGAGCGAUCCUGGCCAGACUGGGGAAGGAGGAGUCUUGUGUCACCCUUACCCAAGACUACAGAGAUGCUCUCGAUGCUGCCAGCGUGCUUUAUAAUCAAGUUGAUGAGGGCGUUCACCGACUGGUGAUGCUGUCAAACAAGCGCAUCCAGGAACUGGAGCUGGUGAUGGAGUUUGAGAAAGUGGAAGAGUGUUUUAAGGAGGUCAGCAGUUGGAUUGAGAAUGUUGGCAGAAAACGGCUAAAGGAAACUGUCAACCUGGAUGAUUCUUUGGAGAUGCUGCUUCAAGCACAAAAGCAGUUCAAAGAGUUUGAUCUUGUUGCCAGUGAAUAUUGCAAAAGAGGACAAGAAGCAUUAAAGAAGAUGAAUCAAUGGGAAGACUUUUCCUUUGUGGAUGUACAUUCUUAUAGGGUAAAGCUGCAGACCUACGAAGAUCAGCUGGAGGAGUUCUGCACCCAGCUGGAUGAAACAAGGCACCGAGUCUGUGAAACAGUCAGGCUGUAUGAAUUCUUUGACAAGGCAUAUGAGUGGGCCUUGGAAGGGAUGCGACACCUUGCCUGUAUCAGCAUGGAGGACUGCAGCUCUGCCGAGCACUGUACAGAUGUGAUCAAGUGCCUGGAGAGUUACAAGGGGCAGCACCCGGACAUCAGUGCUGCCCGCUUCCAGGAGAUGAAGGAACUGGCCUGUGAGCUGAAGAGUGACAAGGGGCUCAAGCAGUGGAAGUUUGCAUGGUCUAAAUGCCAGGAGACCAAGCUGGUGUUUGAAAAGAAACUCGAAGCAGCGUUGAGAACAAGGAAGUCUCUGCUGUCAGAGCGCAACCCAGCUGUCGGGGAGCAGCCCCAGGCUGGCAGCGAGACUGGCACUCUGUCCCACCGGAGACACUCUGAGGGGGCCACCUCCAGGUCCCACUGGGACAGGACUCAGAGCACAUCCCAUGGCUACAACAGAACCAACAGCUCUCUGGAGUGGACUAAGGAGAAAGUUCCCUCGCCCUCCCUGAGCUGCCCUGGUGAUUUCAAUGCUGGGGAAGUAUUUGUCUGCCAAGCUGCUCUAAGCCCUGGUCCUCACUCAAGCAGAAUUUCUUUCACCAGCAGGGCUUGUACGUCUCCAACGCUGCCUGAAGAAAAGCCGAACCUGGAGAGCAUAUUAGAAACCCCAGAGGUGAAACAGUCUUCUACAUCCACUCCAGUCCCUGGGAAGCUGCCUCCCAGGAGGGUCCUUCGGAAGGCCCAAAGCUUUGACCUACCUUGUGGUGAGAGCCUGUGGUCAAGCUGCCAGAGGAGUGAGCCAGCCAGAUAUGGCAACACUGGUGUCUUCAUCAAGGGGCUGGAGGUGAGCAGCACCGAGCUGGUGGACAGGACGUUCGCUCUGCGGCAGCCAGCUGUGAGCAACUGGGCUGCAGACUGCCUGCUGGAGGGACAGAGGGGCUGCCUCUCUGGGUCAGAAGCCAAGAGCUGGGGCAGCAAACUGCGGCACAUCAUCGAUGAGAUGGUAACCACGGAGCGGGAGUACGUGCGGUCGCUUCGCUACAUCAUCGACAGCUACUUCCCUGAGAUGGAGCGCCUCGACCUCCCCCAGGACCUGCGCGGGAAGCGCAGCGUCAUUUUUGGAAACCUGGAGAAGCUCUAUGACUUCCACAGCCAAUACUUCCUUCGAGAGCUUGAGAGCUGCUGCAACCACCCACUGAGGGUCAGCCACUGCUUCCUGCGACACAAAGACCAGUUUGGAAUGUACGCACUGUAUAGCAAGAACAAGCCGAAGUCAGACUCACUGCUGGCCAGCCAUGGGAAUACUUUCUUCAAGUUCAAGCAGGUGCAGCUGGGGGAUAAGAUGGACCUGGCCUCCUACCUGCUGAAACCCAUCCAGCGGAUGAGCAAAUAUGCCCUGCUCCUGAAGGACCUGAUCAAGGAGUGCAGCGAGGCACAGGAGCAGGAGCUGGGCUAUCUCCGUGCUGCUGAGGAGAUGGUGAAGUUUCAGCUCCGGCAUGGAAAUGACCUGCUGGCCAUGGAUGCCAUCCGUGACUGUGACGUAAACCUGAAGGAGCAGGGGCAGCUGGUGCGGCAGGACGAGUUCACCAUCUGGCUGGGCCGCAGGAAGUGCCAGCGACAUGUCUUCCUCUUUGAGGACCUCAUCCUCUUCAGCAAGCCCAAGAGGAUCGAGGGUGGCUUUGAUGUGUAUAUCUACAAGCGCUCCUUCAAGACUGCAGACAUUGGUCUGACUGAGAACUCUGGAGACAGCGGCCUGCGCUUUGAGAUCUGGUUCCGAAGGCGGAAGUCCAGCGACACCUACAUCCUCCAGGCCAGUUCAGCUGAGACUAAGCAGGCCUGGACCAGUGACAUUGCCAAGAUCCUGUGGCAGCAGGCAGCCCGCAAUAAAGGUGUGAUUCCUUCCUGGAAUUCCUUCUGUGCCUCAAAAGAAAUCCGUAUGCAGGAGAUGGUCUCCAUGGGUGUGGGUAACAAGCCCUUCCUGGAUAUCAAACCCAGUGAAGCAGCUAUUAAUGACCGUGCUAUUGAUUACAUCAUGAAAGGCAGAGGUGCCAGGACCAGAGCCUCAAUUGCAGUGUCUCUGUUUGACCAUUCCAACCCCUUCAAGAGGACACAGACUCAGCUCUCCACUGGCAGCACCCCCACUGCCUACGCCCCUUCCUCCUCCUCCUCCCUGCUGGGGCCCCUCAACCUCCACAUGUACCUGGACCAGGCUCUGCUGCCAGGAGUCCUGGCCCCCAGACGCCCCUUUGACAUUGGCACUUGCAUCGAGGAAGAUGAGCUGGAGCAUGAGACGAGCAGCCAGCCCUCAAUGACAACAGAGAGCUCAGAGUCAUCGCACUGCAUGUCAGCCACCGGCUCCAGCGGCUCCGACAGUGGCUGUGUCUCCAGCGUCCCACAAGAAAGCUUCUGUGAAGACAUGGGCUCACCCCCUUACAUGCCUGUAGGCUCACAGCACAGCUCUGCCAUGGAGGGCAGGCCCAGGUUCACAAACAGCCAGUACAUUUCUGCAAAAGCAGGCCAGGUCACCAUAAGUCCCUCAAGAAUAGUGUGAGCCCCUCGGCCCCGCCUCAGGAAGUGGAGUUGUUGUAAGUAGCCCCCGCAGGGGAUUUUCCAGCAGUUGUGAGUGCUGGUCAGGUUUGUCAGUAGCUCUGAGUCAGGGGAACCUCACCUCAGCUCCUCUGUGAGUUUUCCACCUGCAUUCCUGACUGGUGUCUGAGGCUCUGAUUCAUCUGGUUACAGAGGGGCAGCUCCCAUGGAGCCACGCUCUGAACAGCUGGUCUGAUGCUUUCUGCCUUGCAAAAGCAAAACCACCAAAAUCACGUUCAGGUAGUAGAGGCUUGACCACCUCCUGAGUGUUCAGAUGAGCUGCUUUCCUCUGAAUGCUGCCCACCUGUCUAACCACUAAUCUACUUCUUGUGGCUGUUUGCCAAAAUCCUGCUCUUAGUCCCUCUGAACUGCCUUGGGGAAUCACAGUAUUCUCCCCAAGGUGGAUUUAUCACACAGUUUCCUUUGAACCUCCAAAGGAAUCAGUACUUCACCAGGCAGAGGAACCUGCUAGUUGAUGGUCCUGAGGGACCUGCCAGAUGUUGCUCCUGUAUUUAGUGAUUUUGGGAGGAUGUCUUGUUUGCGAGGAAGUCAGAGUUGAUCCAGGAAGGGUGAGCCCUGACAGGACUUGCAGGCAAGCAGGGCUCCUGCUCGUGACUGGCAUAUGUAAUGUCAGGACCCACUCAAACCAGCCUGCUCCUGGCUCAGCCUUUUCCUCUCUGUCUUUAGGGCUGAGCCUCCCUUUUUACAGGGAGCAGAGGGGUACAAGCAUGAGAGAGGCAGGAUUAGGGCUUGAAUGGUCAAGGAACAGAGUGGUGAAUGGCUUGUAGGUUUGGUUCUGUGAGAUGUGACACCACACAGGUGUAGGAGUUCAGAACCAGCCAAGGUUCCGAUUUAAGAUCCUGAGCCCCUUCUGGAGGGUCACAGAUGAGAAUUUUGAAGUGGCCACAGAAGCGGUAGGGGCAGCAGCAGUCCUGAGGCACAGAGGCAGAUCUCCACAUGGGAGAAGAGCUUUGCUUCUCCUGCAAGGCUCUUCCACUAAAAUAUUCUUUCCCCACCAAAAUUUACCUCUGACAAACAGUGGAUUUCAAGUGUUUUGUGAAGUCACUGCUGGCCAGGACAGAGGGACCUGUGGGAUCCCACCACAUCCCGGGAGUGCAGCUGGUCUAACCCAUUGCACGGUGCUGUGUUCCAGGUUUGAUUGCCAUUUCAAACUCACUGAAGACCUCAGGCCUCUGACCAGCAGAAGGAGACAGUCUUCAUCCAUGAAGAUAUUUUUUGCCCAUUAUGAGGCUCUUUCAAACAGCCCAAAAUCUGACCUCUGCCUGAGGCGAAGUCCCAGGAAGGCUUCUGUCAACUAAGUGUAAUAGCUUUGGUGUUGGAUGGGACCCUGGGCAUUUAAAACUCGUUAGCCCUAUAUUUAUAAGUAAUAAGUAACAUAGCAGUUUGAAGAAAAAAAAGUAUUAUUUUUAAAGCUAUGAGUUGUACAGAUUUUUAUUACAAGUGACUCUGUUACUAUUUGUUCUGUAAGCUGCACAUUUUAUAAAGUUUUUGGAAGGGCAUGAAGAGAAAUUGAGAUAUUUAAAAAAAGUAGUAUAACUUUCUGUUUCAGGGUUGUAUUGACCUGAAGCUCAAGAUUUAACGUCCUUCCUUAUGUUCUAAAUAUGUCUAUCAUAGCAAUAAUUUAUUUCCUUGGCUUAACACUUUCAUUCUAAUAAAAGCAAUUCCAUUGUUAUGAAUUAUUUCUUCAGAUGGUUCUUCCAGUGCCUUGGUGUUGAGCUCAUCUCUCUCAUGGCCAUCUGUCAGCUCUGCCACUCUGCCUGUGCCACCUCUGCUCUAAGUGACUGCCAGCUCCACCUGUAAAUCCUCAGUGCACUCACGGGAGAAGGGGGAGAUGCCCAGGCAGAGACUCCCCUGAUGCCGGUGGGGAGGCUGACAAGAGAGGGGCUUUGGAGCAGCCAGCAGGGGUGUCAGUAGGAGUGAGGAAGAGGGAGCUGUCUGGUGGAGCUCAGGAGGCACCAACAUUCCUGGCUCUAAUUUUAGCCACUUGCCCCUUGCUGUCCCAGUGCAAGUCUCUCUCUCGCCCUGCUGGCUCAGGUUCCUGUGGCUUAGUUCAGGCUCCAUUGUGCUUUGUCCUGGCUGUGCCCCUGGUUUUGGAGUGACAGGGACUGGCUCCUUGCUUCACCUCUGACUCAUCCCCUCUUCUGGUACUUCAGUCCCACUGUUGUGGCUUGUUUGAGGAGCUUUGGAUGGUGCUGGCAUUCGAGACCAACAGGUUUUGAGUGUAAUGGGUUGAUGAUAAUGCUGAACUUUAAGUGCAUGUUGUUUGAAGUAACACAGCGUAACUGGAGAACAAAUGAGCCCUGUGUUCCAAGGUGGCUUUUUCAUGAGUAACAUCCAAGGUCACUGCGUGGCUGUGACACCCUCCCUCUGUUCUUGGACAAAAUAAAAAUUAGCAUUUUUGAAACAGUAGUUACUUGGCUGCCACGUUCCUGUUUACUUAUGGUUUAUGCAGGGCUGUAAAUCAGGCUCCUGCAGGUGUGAGAGAAGAGCCACAUUUGGCCUGAGGAAGAAGAUGGAGUAGUAAUUUAUUUAACUGCAGUUUUCUCCCCUUGGCAGACUGGGGUGCUACACCCCCCAGCCACCCUGGAGACAGUGUUCCUUCAAGUUUGGAAACUCCUGUACUGUAUAUAAAACACUUGUUUAUUUUUAAUAAGCUGGAUGUUUUUAAACCUUGUUCUUUUUUCAGACAACAAAGAAAAUACAGUUUGACACCUUUGUACAAAAUUGUGUGGGAAACAGUUAUACAGGGAAUAUUUUACAAGUUACUAUUUUGAGAUAAUUGCUGGGUUAAUGCAAGGGUUUGGGGCUGUCAAGACAGCAGUAGCUCAAGUCACAAGAGGGAGAGAACUUACUAAUGCAACAAGAGGAACAUGAAACUUCUGGAAUUUCUCAGUUUCAAAGGUUUCUAAAUUGCUGGAAAAACCUUUAGUAUUGUUUACCUGACACUCGUUUUUUCAGGGUUUGAUUGAUUUGUCUAAUAAAGGUUAUUUUCUUUAUAUGAA